AUGGCAUGCGUUCACCUGGCCAGUGGGCAUCUCGUGCUCUCGGAGGCGGACUUCGCGGCAUGGUGGGAUGAGCGCCGCGAGCUGCGGGGAGCGGGCAUAAGCUUCGCAGAUGCGUUGAGGCAGGAAGUCGCCAGACGGCUGGACGUGAGGAACUUUCGGCAGCUCGCAGUCGUCAGCGGUGAGCAAGCGCUGGGACCUGGCAGCCCCUGGAGCAACGCGGGGCCGCUGGUGGCCGUGGUGCGGCAAUAUGUCGCGGACGAGGCCGCGGAGGGAGCGGUCUCGGAGCUGUUUCACGUCGCCGGCAGUGGGGACCUUGCACAGGUCAUAAGCCUUUUGGAGCGGCCGCUGGACCCGAAUGCCUGCAAUGACAGAGGCAAGUCGGCGUUGCACGUUGCUGCUCUCAGCGGCCAUGCUGACAUCGCACGGUGCCUGCUGCAAUCCGGUGCGGAAGCAGACAAGGCCAAUGAUGAUGGGCACACGCCUUUGCAAAUAUCAGCUUUCACUGGACACGGGGAAGUCUCGCGUUGCCUGCUUGAAGCCGGUGCUGACAUGGACAGAACAGACCGCUUUGGGACGACGCCAAUGCUUGAAGCCACUACGAGGGGUGAUUUGCAAGUUGUGCGCUGUAUGCUGGAGGCUGGCGCGGACAAGAACAAGGCCGACAGCGAUGGAAUUGCACCGAUGCACGUUGCUGCCCGGAAAGGGCACCAAGAGAUCGCUCGUUGCUUGCUGGAGGCGGGCGCUGAAAAAGACCAGGCCAACGCCAAUGGGCGCACGCCCAUGCAUGCUGCAGCCCGGAAAGGCCACCUCGAGGUCGUGCAACACUUGCUAGAAGCUGGUGCCGACACUGACAAGGUGGACUCCGACGGGCGCACGGCCCUGCAUGACGCUGCCUCCUUUGGCCACUUCGCGGUGGUCCGCUGCUUGGUGGAGGCUGGCGCGGACAAGGGCAAGGCCGACCAUGUCGGGCGCCUGCCCAUCCAAGAAGCUGCCAACAGAGGCCACCGUGAGCUAUGCGCUUUGCUGGGCUAA